AUGCUGACAGAAACCACAGCAGAAUUCAAGCCCCAACUAGAGGAACUCAGAGCCACCUUACAGAGAAUAACACCGAUCAUCGAAGAGACGGUGAAACUGAAACGGGAACUAGAUCAUUCAGAGCUAGAGUGUAAGAUGUUCAUAGAUGAAGUCCAAAAGGCAGAAGAACUUAUCACCAGAUGUUCGAAAGUAAAGAGGGAUCCGACCAAGAUGUUCCUUUACUCACGGGAGCUAAAAAAUUUCAAGAUUAAGUUGGUAAACUUCUUUCAAGUUGGAGUUCAAGCAAUUCAGAUUCGGGACAUUAUGCAGACUCUUGCAGUGGUGAACGACAUCAAAUCAAAACUGGAUCGUAUGUAUGUGGAUUCAAGAGAUUCGAAACAUAGAACAAGAUUGGUUGGUAGUCAUAGUGGAUCUGAAAGUGUAGAACGAAAAAAAUAUGGUUGGCAAGUUCCCGGACUUCAAAGUGGAAUCGUGGCAUUUGACGAGCCACUGGAGAAGCUGAAGGCCGAGGUUGUUUCUGAUAUUGGUGUUGAUGAUCGUUUGGUGCUGGUUGUCGAGGCUCCAGGUGGAUGUGGGAAGACUACUUUGGUGAAAAUGCUAUGCCAUGAUGCUGAAAUUCGAGAAAAUUUUGGGGAGAAUAUCUUCUAUGUGACAGUUUCAGAAACACCCGACUUGAUGGUGAUUGUCAGUGAUCUGUUUAAUCCAAAUCCCUCCACCCCGCAGCUUCAGUUUCAAGGCAAGGAAGACGCAAAGAUCAAGUUGGACAACUUUUUGAAUAAGAAAGCAUCAGAUCCUAUGCUUCUAGUAUUAGAUGAUGUUUGGUCUGCUUCGUUUAUUGAAGAACUCUUUCCAUCCAAGAUCAGAGGACACAAAAUUCUGGUCACAUCUAGGACUGCUUUUCCGAAAUACAAGACCUUCAGAUUUGAGCCUUUGAAUGAGGAAGAUGCCAAAACUCUCUUUUGCGAUUCAGCAUUCACUAAAGGAGGGAGUAGACCUAGUCCAACUAUUAGUGAUCAUCUUGUGAAUCAGAAACAUCCCCUCACCCUUUUGGUGGUUGGCCGAUCCUUAAAUGGGAAGAAUGAUUUAGCUUGGAAAUCUAUGCUAGGAAAGCUGUCUCAAGAAUGUUUCUUGGAUUUGGGGCUAUUCCCAGAAGAUCAAAGGAUCCCCGUUAGUACCCUCUUGAAUAUGUGGGUGCAUUUGUACAACCAUGAUGACGAUGGUGUUGAUACCAUGGACACCAUCCUUGAGCUUUCCUAUAGAAAUCUUGUCGAUCUUAUGGCCAAAGGUUUUGGGAAUGAUUUAGGAGCAACGGUUACCUUUUGUGACCAGCAAUUCGUGACACAACAUGAUUUGAUGAAGGAACUUGCUAUUCACUUGAAUAACAAACUACCUUUAGCACAAAGGAGUAGAUUGUUUAUUGAUGCACGAGGAGAAGAUUUGCCUGCAUCAAUUGUAAAAAUCCAAGAAGCUAUGCAAGCCCGCAUAUUGUCCAUUUCCACAGGAGAAUCAUUCUCCUCGCGAUGGUGUGACAUGAAAGUCCCAGACCUCGAAGUUCUAAUCUUAAACUUAAUGUCAAAAACAUACACUUUACCCCAUUUCUUAGCAGCAAAUCCAAAAUUAAAGAUUCUAAACAUCACAAACAACAGAUUAUACCCUACAGAAUUCAGCAAUUUUGAUUUCCUUGGCGCUUCUUACAAUCUAACAAGAAUUAGGCUCGAACGUGUAGUAAUAAGUCCAUCCAUUUUAUCACUCAUAAACUUGCAAAAAGUAUCCUUCAUAAUGUGCAACAUUGGCGACCCUUUCAAGAACCUCAUUACCAACACCCCAAAUAUCUGGCCACAGUUAGUUGAACUCGAGAUCGAUUACUGCCAAGACUUGGUCAAAUUCCCGGGGACAUUAUGUAACAGUGUCCAUCUCAAGAAGAUUAGCAUCACAAACUGUAAUGAGAUGCGUGGCUUUUCUGAAGAAUUUGGGGAUUUGAUUAAUUUGGAAAUGUUUGGUCUUCGUUCUUGUAUGAAAUUGAAGAAAUUGCCUGAAUCGAUAUGGAGACUUAAAAACUUGAGUGUUCUUGAUAUUUCAGAUUGUACUUUUGUGACUGAUUCCUGAAUCAAUAAAGAGUCAAGAAAUUAUGGGAACAAAUUGCAGAUUAUUGUUACUUUAUGAUUAUAA